UGCUGUGGAGACAAAAUGGCGGCGGGCGGCCGUUGGGCCGGGGAUUACAGAAAAGCGUGGUACUGGUACAGUCUUUUUGGUGGAAGAAUCUAAAUAAGCACGUUUUGAACGCUUGGACAGACAUUCAAAAGCAAAAAUGCGACCAAUGCGUAUUUUUGUGAACGACGACCGCCACGUGAUGGCCAAACAUUCGGCCGUUUACCCGACGCAGGAGGAGCUGGAGGCGGUUCAGAACAUGGUGUCCCACACGGAGCGAGCGCUCAAAGCUGUGUCCGACUGGAUCGACGAGCAAGAAAAAGUCAGCGGGGAGCAGCCAGAAACAGAGUCCAUGGAGACGGCAGCCGAAGAGGAAAACAAGGAAGGAGGGGAUCAGAAGGCCACGGAGCAGUUGACUAGGACCCUGCGUGGAGUGAUGCGUGUAGGGCUUGUAGCGAAAGGCCUGUUACUGAAGGGGGACUUGGAUCUUGAGCUAGUUCUUUUGUGCAAAGAUAAACCCACCACAGAUCUCCUGGAGAAAGUAGCUGACAAUCUUGGAGUACAGCUUGCUGCUAUUACCGAAGACAAAUAUGAAAUAAUCCAGUCGGUUGGUGAUGCUGCAAUUGUAAUUAAGAACACAAAAGAGCCGCCGUUGACACUGACCAUCCACUUGACAUCACCUGUAGUCAGAGAAGAAAUGGAAAAACAGUUAGCUGGAGAAACGCUAUCAGUCAACGACUCCCCGGACGUUCUGGACAGGCAGAAAUGCCUUGCUGCCUUGGCGUCACUGCGACACGCCAAGUGGUUCCAGGCCAGGGCUAACGGGCUGAAGUCCUGCGUCAUAGUGAUACGAGUGCUGCGAGAUCUGUGUACUCGGGUUCCUACUUGGGCACCACUGAGAGGAUGGCCUCUAGAGCUGCUGUGUGAGAAAUCUAUUGGAACUGCUAACAGACCCAUGGGCGCUGGCGAGGCUCUGAGGAGAGUUCUUGAAUGCCUCGCCUCGGGAAUCGUUAUGCCAG